CCUCUAUAUUGCAAUUUCUUCUAAAACCACUGAUUAUGGAGGCACACCAUCCCCGUCUUGCGGGUAGGCUCCAAGAAGUGCUGGAUGCGCUCGGUGAUGAAGAGCCGUCUACGGUACGCGAGGCUCAGGCGAUCACGGAAAAGAUUAGAAUCUCGAAAGGCCAUCUCGAUGACGAAGUGCGCUUGGAUCUGGAGAACCUCAUGCCUCGAAAUCGUGAUCUUAUGUUAGCAUUUGUUGAGCGAAAUCGAGAUAUGGAGGCAGCAUAUACCAGCAGUAUUUCAGAGCAGCUUUACUCCUCCAAGUACCGCUUUCUGUACGAGCUUAUACAAAACGCCGAUGAUUCUUCUUAUCGCAAGGACGCCAAUCAUCGUGCAGCACCCUACGUGCGAUUCAGUAUCACACCCGAGACGAUACUCAUUGACAGUAACGAAGAUGGAUUCACUCGGGCAAACGUCGAGGCUAUCUGUGCAACGGGCAAGAGUUCUAAGAAGGCUUCAACAUCCGAUACCCAUAUCGGCGAGAAAGGAUUCGGCUUCAAAUCAGUGUUCUCCAUUGCGCACGAGGUUCAUAUUCAGUCGGGCGUCUGGUCCUUUCGCUUUCAACAUCAUCCACAAGAUAACGGCCUAGGCAUGGUAAUUCCACUGGACGCUGAACUGAAACCUUUGCCUGAUGAUGUGAGCACACGCAUCACUCUGAAGAUAUCAGACACAACAACGACGGCUUAUAAAAAGCUGCUUGACGCGGUUACAGAUAUCCCCGAAACAACCAUUUUUUUCCUGCAGCGACUACAGAAAAUCCAAGCCCGCAUGACCAGGAUGGAUGGCUCCACUGAAAUGAUAAGCAUCACCAAAGCCAAGAAAUCAUCGUCUAGCUUGACCUCGAUAACCCGUUCGCAAGAAUUAGGCGGCAUAACGUCACAAGAUGUGAGUGCCUAUCUUAGGUUGAGGUACAAAAAGCACCGUAUGCCUCAGGAUCGUCGCCGAAAAGACAAGAGUAGUGUUACCAUUGACCUGGCCUUUCCGGUUGAUCCGUCCACAAUGAAACCGAAAGUUUCCGAACGGGGUCAAUAUGUAUUCGCUUACUUGCCAUUGCAAAGGCUUCCUCAGAUCCAGUUUCUAAUUCAAUCCGAUUUUAUAACCGCUGCUAAUCGUGAAAGUGUCAUAGACUGUCCAUGGAAUGACACUAUCUGUACUGGUGUUGCUGAAAUGUUCUGCUGGGCAGUGAGCCAAUCUUUCACGAAAGCGGAUCAUUCUCUAAGAUACUCUUGGCUUGAAUAUCUACCCACCAGGCCCAUGGAACAUCCCUGGAAGUCAUUACUCUCGAGUAUUAAGGAUGGGCUGAAGACCAAGUCUAUCCUUCAGUCGUGGGAGAAGAGACAGCUCAAACCACCUAGCGAGUUACGACAGCUCCCUACUAUUAUGCUGCACGAGGGUCGGCCGAUUUUGAAGGACUUGGCCAAUGAGUGUUAUCUGGCACCCGAAUAUAGUGCAAGCCACUCAAGCAUUCUGAGCGAACUGGGAGCGAGAAUAAUGAGUUGGACCGAAAUGGUCGAUCGGCUUCAAAUGGACCUUGUAAGCCUUUCGUCAGCGGUGAGGACCAGCGUAGAUGAAUCCUGGCAGGAAGCGUUUGCAAGGCUCAUUUUAGUAGGACUCAGGCGUUCAGAUGCGACUUGCCAGCAAAGGAUCAAAAGACUAGCAAUCAUUCCUCUUGCUGGUGGUAGCCAGUGGACAGGUGCUCCUGGAACAACCGGCGGUUUGACCGAUAUUUACUUCCCAACAACUGGCUCGAUUCGCAUCCCAGAUUCUAUCUCUUUGAGUAUGGUCGCGCUUCAUGCCGCUUCGAAUGGUAAACGCAAAGAGCUAUACACUGCUAUGGGUGUCAAGGAAUGCCCCGUCGAAACAGUGCUUUCCAAAAUAAAACAAGCACAGUUGUCAAACUCCGCACCAUUUGAUCCAACAAACCAACAACUCAGAUAUCUGUUUCACUUUCAUCCCCAACUGGGUGAAGUCCAAUCCUGGCGGGUCUGGGUUGCAUUAGCAGGUGGAACCAAAAAGAAAGCCUUUUCUCAGUCUCUAUACCACCCCUCAUACAAUGAGUACGAUAUGUAUCAGCUGUUGCCGGAGCAGAUAAGGUACAACCUUGGUACGGUGGCAGGGUUUCUGUCAAGUUCCAUAGUCGAUCUGGAGCCUAGCACCGUCCGUGUACGAGACCGGACGUGGAAAGACUGGCUUACAAGUAUAACCAAUGCCCGCCAUUACCCUCCAUUAAGAGAUGGAGGCUUUGGCUCUAGAUCAUUGUUGUCUCAAGGCUUGCAGGCCGUACUGCAGCAUAACCCUGAGAAGUUCCUCUGCACUCUUAAAGCCCACUGGAAUGAGUACCAGCAGACUGUAAGCUACGUUAAUUCUGAUAUACGGAACCGCAAGGUUCCCUGUCAGUCCGGAUCGUUGGUAGAGCUCCACAGAACCUAUCUUCCUACGCCCGACAUCCUCUCCAGAAUCACCGCGCUGGGCCUUCAUGAGGCACACUUCCACAUACUUGUCUUGCCGGAUGGCGCCCUGACUGAGACGACGUACAGACAAUGGCAGUUUCUGGAGCAAUUUGGGGUAGCCUCAAAGCCGGAUCUGAGCUUUUACAAGCAAGCACUGGAGGCGAUCAAGUCUCGGACUGCUGUUGUAGACCUGGUCAAGGUACAGAAUAUAUACGAGGACAUAGCGCGAAUGGCGACGGUCGAACAGCAUGCUGAUCUCCAAUCUUUCUUUACCUUUACUUCAAAUAUUUGGGAUCCUCAUCAAAACAGCUGGGUGGAUCAGGACGAAUGCAUAUGGCAAGGUCCCGAUUUCAUGAGCUAUAAGACCGUAUUGGCGCAGUCAUAUGGGAGGAAUGCUUUGCUUACGACCUUUUUUACCUUUGUCCUUCAAAUCCCAGACUGGACAAUUGACAAUGUCCUAGAGGAAAUUGAACUACGAAGAGACAACGAUGACACCACAGACUUGCCGCUUUUAGAGGACAUUUAUUCGUUCCUAAAUACCAAUGUUAAAACUAACGAGGACUGGCAAAAGGUCAAAGACUCAUUUUCAGAGGAGACAAUGAUUCUAGGCGAAGACGGCAGCUGGCAUACACGGCAUACAUGCCUUUGGAGGAGUCCGUUCCCACUCACUGGUUUCCAGGACCUCUCCAACAUAUACCCAGAACUGGAGGAUUUCUUUGUUCGCCAUCUUCGCAUCAAGAAAGCUAGCCCAGGUAUGCUAAUUGACGAAGUCAAACGUAUGGCAAACGAAGCGCACCCACGGAUAUCUGAGAUACAUCGCCGCCUCGUAGAGAUCGGCAUGCUGUUAGCGAAGACCGGGGUUGAAUCUAGUGUUGCGCGAGCGCUAGACGCACUCAAAGAAGUCGAAUUCCUGCCCAAGAAGCUGGCUGACGGCACAUUGAUUCUCGUCGAUGUCGAAGAUGAUUUCGCCAUCUCGGAUCAUCCACGAUACGGUAACGCACUAUCUGGACAUGGUGUCCUGCUCGACUUCCGAGUGGACGAAGUCCAAAUCCUGCACGCCGUAUUUCAACACCUAGGACUUCAGAGUCGUUACCUUUCCGUGAUGGUUCAGGAGGUUUCGAGAGUCGGGGUUGACUCCAGUGAGAACGAAAGCCUCUCGACAGAACUGCAGUCUAAGGCGUAUGCAUUGUACUGCUGCGCGGCAAAGUACAUGAGCAUAAUGGCUCUGCGGGAUGAUCAUGCCCUGUUCGAUCGACUCAAAACUGCUCUGAUCUUCACUACAGAUGACAUCUCGACACAUCUGACUCUUCCACUUGGUACCCCGUCUUUAAGCGUGCAGAGCGACAGGGCAUUCAUCCACCACGAGGAAGUGGACGGGCAACUCAGAAUCUAUGUACCAGCAGAGCAACAGCAGUGUCGGGCAUGCUAUCGAUCACAAAUGCCAGAACUGCUUACUCGUGUCCUAGGAGUUGAUGCGUCUGCUAAAUUCAACAUUUCGAGUAUUGUGGCAAGCAGUCUAAGAGAUCUUGAUGACAUCCUUACGGAGCAGGAUGUCCCAUCGGUGGACUGGAUUGAGAAGCCUGCAAUUGACAUACCGGAGUUGUCGGAGGACGAACGCCCCAGAACCCCUAUACCACACUCCGUUUUCGACGACUCCGACGCUACUACUAUCGUUAAUGACUCUGGAUAUCUGACGCCUAGGGCACCGUCGCGAUACCGUGAUGAAUCCGAACAUACACCGUCUCGAGUCGAUAUCAGAGAUGCGAUACAACCCCCUUCCCCUGCGCAGUACCCAAGACUCAUCGAGCAAGUUGUACAAAUUGCACAGCGAGCAGGCCAUCGACGAGAAGGAGGGGGUGGUGUUGGCGUUGCCUACACACCGCCGCGAGAUGGUGAAUAUCGUUACUUUGAUCAUGUGGCCACCUUUGGAAAUCGCGAGGUGAACGAAUUUGCGCACGAUCGAAGGAUUGGCGCCGUUGGAGAAGCCUUCGUCUUCGAAGUUCUGUCCACUCUCAACUUACCGGAUUUCACGCAAGAAAACUGGCAGAGCACCAUACGCGGCGAACUCCAAAGUGCUACACGUUACGAAUCUAUGCAAAAUUGGGUCGGCCGCGAGACCGCAGAUAUUGUUUACACAGAUCAUACUGGCGCUCUCACGCAGUAUUUACGGGACAACUGCACUGGUAGUUUCCCCGAGCAGAUACCCAUCGGCCAUGAUCAUACAACAAUGCCAAUCGAGUAUUAUCUCGAGGUGAAGAGCACGACGAGCGCGUGUAACACUAGGUUCUAUCUGAGCAGUGGGCAGUACAAGCGAAUGGAAAAUAUGGCGUUGAUUGAGGACCAACGACCGAACCGGGUAUAUGUCAUCGUCAGGAUUUAUAACUUGACGACUACAAAUAUAGGGUUCAAGAUAUUUAUAGAUCCGCUCAGGCUGGAGGGGAUAUACCUGGAUUUCGAAGUGCAACAGUGGAUUGGAAAGACUUUGUAGAGACUAUCAUUUUCUAACUGGCUUAAUAUCAAUGAUCUAUUUAUGCGUUUGUGGAGAUGUACAUUGACAACAAUAUGCAUACAUGAGAGAAUUCAAGAUGGUCGCUGAAUCUCCUUAGGCCAACUUUUAUCCCUUUCCAUCCAAUUGCAUGCUCAUGAUACUCCCC